AUGUAUCAACUGCAAGUUAAUGAAGAACAUGCUAUGCAGUCCGAUUACACCGACGCGGAUAUAAUUAUUAGUGACAGAGACAGCAUUGAGGAAUGCAACGUUGACUUGACGAUGGCUGAGUUAGUCGAAAAAUCAAAUAACUCCGGUAUAAAGCGGCAAAAACGGCAAUGAAAAUUUCCCGCAAAGUCGGAAAAACGAUCGAAACCUCAAGUGCCUAUAAACGACUAACUGAAGGUAACUUCUUUAAAGAAUUAUUAUGCGUAAACAUUAUAGACAUACAUAUAUGCAAUAACGACGAUCAGAUUGGGCUCUUGGAUAUAAUACGUGAAGGGAAGCCCUCUUUCUAUAAUACCGUCUACUAUACAUUUUAAGGACCGUACUUGAGUAAAUCUGAACAAAAUAAAAUAAACUCAGAUGCCAAAACUUUUGAUGAAAGCCUGUGUGGAUCGCCUAAUGAAGAAUUUCAAGACGAUGUUGAUGCACAAGCAUUUGAGGACGUCUUACCCGAACUUAGCCAUAUCGUCGUUAGUAAACAUAAUAUUCAUGAAAAACAUUAGUAUAUCGACGCUAUCAGAUCUUGGCGUAGCACAAGGACAGAGUGGAUCGAAAAAUCACGAAACUUAAACAAGCUAUCGAACGAAACCCACCGAUACAUUGGCAUUUUAUUGCAAAACACGAUGACUACAUCCACGUUGGGCAUAUUUGCUCACAAUAAAACUACGAUUGUCAAUGCUCAUAGUUGCGAAAAUCGAAAAGCUGAUGCUUCUACAAAAAGCUACAAUUACGAAGCAUUGUUCAAUCAAUUCAGUUGCAGCUCAACUACUGGUAUUAUAUUAUUUGGUACUUAUCUAUAAGUGACCAAUUCGUUGAAACAAUUGGUGGGUUUGAUGAAAAUUGAAGACCAUGUUGAUCGAUUAAACGUCUAUCAGCAUGUCUAGUUUUUAAUAUAAUGUACUAUUAUAAAUCGUUUAUAAACAGAGAUAUACAGUACGAACAUUAAAUAUACUAAAGUUUUGUCGUAUAAACAAAAAAAAAAAAAGUCGAAGAAACGAUUUAUAAUAGUACUUUAUAUUAAAGCAGACAUGUUGAUAAUCUAUCACACAGUCUUCAAUUCUCACCAAACCCACCAAUUGUUUCAAUGGAUCGGCCACUUGUAAAUAAGUAUUAAAGAAUAUAGUACCAGUACCCGGGGUGCAGUUGAAUUGAUUGAACAAUGCUUCGUAAUUGUGGUUUUAUGUAGAAGUAUUACUUUUUCGAUUCUCGCAACUAUGAGCACCGACAAUCGCAGUUUUAUUGUGAGCAAAUAUGCCCGACGUGGAUGUAGUCGUCGUGUUUUGCAAUAAAGUGCCGAUUUACGGGCGGGUUUCGUUCGAUAGCUUGUUUAAGUUUCGGGAUAUAUAAAAUCGAGUAAAACGUCUUCAAACUCUUACGCGUCUGGAUCAACGCCGUCUAGAAAUUCGUUAUUAGGUGAUUCCGAUCGGCUUCCAAAAGUUUCGGCAUCUGAGUUAAUUUAAUUUUGUUCGGAUUCACUAAAAUAUACGGAUGGUCCUUGCAACGUUAAGUCAAGACUACUAGCAGCCAGUAUAAUAAAAAGAGGGAUUCGUUUCCUUGACGGAUUAUAUCUAGGAGCCCAAUUAACUGAUCGUCGUUAUCGCAUACGUCUACGUUCAUACUUUCUACGCAUAAUUGUUUUCUAAUUCUUUAAAUAAAUCACCUUCAGUUGGUCAUUCAAUAGCACCUGUUGUUUCGAUCGCUUGUUCGAUUUCACGGCUAAUUUUUGUUGCCCUUUUUGCUGUUUUAUCCCGGAGUUCUUUGUUCUGUGGACUGGCCUAUUAUCAUUAAGCUUACGUUGCAUUCCUCUUCGUGUCAAAGCAACUAAAAGGAUUAAGCUGAAUUUUUGUGUAAAUAUAGUUCUUGACUAAAAAUAACUACGUUACUAGCUACGCCUUUUGCCUAGAUAUUCCCUAAGAGUGGUUUCACACAGGGCUUUUGGUAUUUUUUUUUUUUUUUUUUUACGAAAAUCUAAUUAUUUAUGUUGAUUUAUGAGUUACGUUGUUUAUAAGGAUAAAAAUACAAUUUUAGGACGAAUAAAAGAAAAAAAAAAUAAAUAAAUAUAAGGCUUGUAAUAGUUUUCACGAGGGUAUGCACAAUAUCGAACAGUACUUACCUACUAUAGGAACUGCAGGUUACUUAAUUAUUCAUUGUUGGACUAGGUAUAUUUCUUUUGGCACGGACAACGCCGGGCGGGACAGCUAGUAAAUAAUAUUACAGUAAUACAAUAAUAAAUCAUUACAACCGUCGUAAACUAUUUAAGGAGUUCAUUGUUAACAUAUUAUUAAUUCAUUUGUAAAAGUUUCGUGUGACACAUACUUCGAUAAUCGGAAACUACUGAUAGAUUUUCGGUACAUCGACGGUCUGUCUGUCCGAUAUCGCAGUCUACCUAAUACCGUAGCGAGUCCCCGUUCCAUAGCCAUAUUAUAAUACUACCACGCGCAUGCGGUUACAUUAUUGAGGAUAGCAAAGAUUUAUACUUUACAUAUGUAAAACCCUGUACAUAUAUAAAUAUAUUUAUUGUCUAUAAAGAUUAUAUAUUGAAUUGUCCCGAACGUGUUUUGAAACCGAAAUAAUAUGGUGCCCAAACGCAGUGGCGGAUUUUGAACGUUUUCCUGGGAAGGGUCCUGAAAAAAUAAUAUGCAUUUAAAAGGUAUCUCUAUUAAUAGACGCCUCUUUUUUAGAUGACAUUUUAUUGAAAUUAUAUCAAUGUCUGGGGGGUCCAGACCUCCUGGACCCCCCCUGUAAAUCCAUCACUACCCAACCGUGUCACGAUUUGGGAUAAAAUAACCGAACGUGUUGUAGCCAAAUUUCCAGAAGAAAAGCGGUUUCUUGACAUCUCGAAGUUUCUAUACUAAGUAUAGAUCUUUUUUAUUUUUUACAUAGCACUUAAACGCACAAUUUAAAAACCAUCGUCUUCGUGAACAUAGCAUAUUAGAUAGCACAAUUAUAGAAUUCCGAUCAAUAUGCAUUCGGUUUGUUGUUUUACGAGUCACAUGUAAAUGUUUUAAAAUUGAAAUUAAAAAGUCUGUAUAAAUAUAUUAUUUGAAAAAAAAAAAUCGUUUUAUGAGCGUGACUAAAAUUGCCGAGUUUUUGUAGCCGAUCGUCGGCAAUAAUAAUUGCAAGGGAGAAAUAAUAAUAUGAGAAAUUCGAAUAACGACGCCUUUACACAAGAGUACCUACCGAUCGAUUUCCAUUAUAGUAGUUAAACAAUAAAAUUGUAAUCUUAUAAUACUUAAGUGUUUUUUUUUUUUUUUUUGCGAGACAAAAAGAAAAUGAAAACUGUUUUAUCGUUUCGCUUAAAAAGACAAUUUACAAAUGUCUCCACAAUGUGUCGACUAACGUCAGAUUGGGGUUAUAGGUCUGUAAUGAUCUUAUUAGUGUUAUAAUAUUAUAUUAUUUUGCGAUUCCGAGUAGAGGAUGAUGUGUAUCUACGAUUUUCGUAAUCAUAAAACUUCAAUCGCUGAAACGGUAGUUAUUAUUUUAUGAGUAAGGUUAGAUUGGGCUAGGUAUAUGUGUAGGUAAAAAUACAUUUUUUUUUUAAAUUAUAACUUUCUAUAAACUCAGAAGUUGUACGAUUAUUUAAAAAAAAAAAUUCUCUGUCAUAUUAUUAAAAAACCGUUUAAUGGUGUCAUAUUGAUAAUAUUUUCGAAAUUGCAUCUUCCGUUUUUAUUUCUAAAUAUUAAACAUAAUAGUUUUUUUUUUAUUUGAUAAGAGAGAAAUUUUUCACGAAUGUUUUGUAUCGAAUCAACAAUAUCAAUCCCGUGAGUUUUCGUUAAAAUGAUUAAAAGCGGCAAUUUCGUUGGCUUUUGAUUUUUUUAAGUUAUCGUUUAAUAUCAGUAUUUUCGGAGCAAUUAAAAUCAAAAAGUCGCGGUUUCAAAUGUCGAUAUAGACUUGAAGAAAAUUUGUCGAAUGAAGUCUGAAUUUUCGUGUAUUAUUAUGUCAGCGACCGUGUAUGAGGAAGCCAGCAAAUCCUCGAUGUACAAUGUGAAAUAGUCAACACUUUAGGUUUACGGGAAGAUAAUUGAUAAUCUGAAAACAGAUCGUAUACCCCGUCAACAGACGGGACGACCCGGGGUGACCCGAAAACCCGGACCGACGGCAACCUUGACCGCGGUAGCGGUACGGCCGCGGUAGGUGCGGUAGUCGCAGCGUUUGGGCAUAUGCGAAUAUUCUACAGCGUUUAAUAAUCAACAACACUGUAUUAUGUUGUUAUUCAAACACGACCGUCCGAUUAUCAAUUAGGAUUCGUAUACGCGCGUACGCGAUGCAUUCCGUGACCCGAGCGAUAGGUCAGAGGUUUUAAAGCCCGAUGACCCGUGCCACGCUGUUCGACGGAUGUAAUAUGAUUUUGAAUGGGUAUCACGCGAGAAGAUUUAAUCGUAACGGAUAACGAGUACGAACACGGCCACUCCCCGGUAAACGUGUUGAACCGAACGCCUGUUUGUUUCGUCGUUGUGGUUGUUUUGUACCGUGCGAGUCGUAAGUGCGUGUUAGCAUAGACGUACAAUGCGGAGUGCUAAGGGGGGCUAUAAUCACCCGAAAUCUCCUCUAGCCCCUCUCAACAUUUCUGAUAGCACCCCCGAAAACGAACACGCAAUAAAAGAUUUUCUCGUUAUCCCUUGUUUUUUUUUCCCCGAAAAAAAAAUACGGAACAAGCGUAGUUUAACUCCCAUAGCCCGUCCUUCCCACGCACCCUACGAAUAUGCGUGUAAGUAUCGCAUUAGUAUCCCGUUUAUUGGGAAAAUCGAAAAAUUACCUCUUUAAAGUACCUUCUCAAUCGGAUUUCCCCUUAGAAAAUGUGCUAUACUUGCAAAUCCGAGUAAUAUUUGUGGUAGAAAAAUUGUUAACAGGUAAAAAAAAAAAAUAAACAUCUUUGUAGCUCUCAGGAUCUAAAAUAUUUUAACCCUCCCCUCUCCGAAAAUUGACCCUGAAUACGUGCUUGAAAUGGUCCGUUCGAAAUGUUCAUAAUACUAUUCUCUGAUCGUUGUUUGGCGCUAUAAUAUCCACGCCGUAAAAAUCGUGACCCUUUUCCCAAGAAAAUACAAUGUACGCGUACCAUACCGAUUUCAAACAACCACUUUGUAGACAGGGCCGGCGAUAGCUUUUGCGAGUCCCUUUUAUAAGAACGGCCUCUGCAUGGGGUGUACUCGAAAUAUUUUUCUGAAGGAGAACUAUUUGAGUCGAGGGUGCGCGCGAAGUAAACGAACGCCGCCAGUAUAUCGUAUGCGCGUUAAUGCGCGACGGGUAUAACAGAACGUAGAUAAAUACCGUCGGAAUACGCGUAACCGUGGAGAUUUCGCGGUCGCUGUUUCAGAAACGCAUUAGGACGCGCGCCCGGCGCGAAACGACUCGAACGCAAUAAUAUUCGUAUUCAAUGGUAAAUAUGAAAUUCGUCAAAAGUACCCACGACGUUCGUACGAAACCGUUGUUAUUAAAUAAACGACCGUGAAACGCGGCGAAUUCCCGGGGCCAGGACCGCGAAGACGCCGUCUCGAAGUUUCCCCGGGACGCACCGCCCCCGUACUAUCCGCGCUGUUAGUUGUGCACAACCGUCAUAAUAUAAUGUCACCCGUUUAUCGACGGGUGGCGUUUACGGGCAACCGGAACCGCAUAAAUCAUUCUCGAAUAUUGAUGAAAAAUCAUAACGAAUAGUGUAAAUGCUAGGAAAAACACCAUGCGCCGGUAUUUUCCGUUUUCAGUCGUGAGAUGCGCGCGGGAUUGCUGUGGUAACGAACUGAAACGGACUCCCCCGGUAUGAGAAUUAACGUCGUGAAGACGCGCGCGCAGCGCCGAACGGCGUUCACGAUAAAAGUAAACAAUAAUAAUGAUUACGGUUUCGACGAUCGAGCAACGCGCACGAUCUGUUAUCAAUUACCGUGUCUCUACCGUAUCAACGAUAAACGAACGCGAUCAAAUUUUAACAAUGUCGCGUUGUACAUUUCUUUUCUCGUUGUCCGAACUGACGGCCGUGCGUGCAGCGGAACGGUCGGGUGACGGUUUUUUUUUGAACCGGUGAUCGCAAUAGUAUCUUCGAAAUCCCCGUAAAAAUAAUUAUUUACAUAUUAUGUGCCCCCCUGCAAUAACACGACGAAGAACACGAGCUCUUAUUUUUCGUACGCUGUUAUUAUUAACGAUUUAUAUUAUUAUGUACAAAAAAAAAAGUACACGUUUCGAGGAGUCACGAGGUCCUCGUAAAAACGCGAGGCUUCGGGCAAGGGUCCUGCUCGCCCUGCCCUCCUCCCCUCCCCCUUUUCCCGUCGUGCCGGCACUGUUUGCAGAAGUUUCGACUCUGUCCAAUACCAAACCGAUAUCGGUCGAACACAGAUGAUCGAAAAUGAUUUAUUAUUUUUUUUUUAGUUUCCCCGAGAUGUUUACCCCGAAUCAAUAUUGUUUUCACGCCGUUGCCGCGACGUCCCUAGGACAAAUCAGUACCGUCGACCGAUUCGUUGGGGAAAAACGGUGUCCGGCUUUUGUCCACGUGACAAUUGUCCCUGGAAAACUGUCACGAACAAAUUCACUGCCGCGGCGUUAACUGUCGCGGACUGUGCGAUCUGCGCCGAGCUGUACAGCGAACACCGCUGUCGCGCGUUCACGACAGCCGACGGCUUCUGUCCCGAGAGCGACGCGGCCGCCGUGCAGCGCAGUGCGGACGCGCGCGUGCUCUCGACGUGUUUCACGGCCGCGACGGCACGUUCGCCAUCUGAAUUCGCAAGUUCCGCCGCAAUACGCUCUACAGCCCCAGAGCCUGUCGCGUCGUGUCUGCUGUCACCGCGUCACCCUACGACCCGCGUACCGUGUGGACGACGCGCCCGAAAGGGAACCCGUACUCGUGAUGACCGUACGGAACAUUGUCAUUACGAGUGUUUUACGUCGAAACGUGCGCGUCGUUAA